UCUGAUAUUGUUUUUCUGACUUGGUUUUUCAAUCAAAUACUGCUGUGUUCUUAGUGCUUAAAAGUACUAAGCGCACUACUAAUAUACAGUUCAGUAAAAAAAACAGUUUCUGGCGAAAUAAAUAAGAUAAAUUUCUUUAAAAGAAACUGUAUGAGUACAAGGUCCAACUGAAACGAAACGCAAACCAACGAGCGACUACUUAUGAUAUAGCAAACUAGCGAAUGGAAAGUAAAAUAAACAAAUCUGCUUAGUUGACUUCUGGCCCCACGGGAAUGCUCACUUUUCUCCUGGGCGACGGCACAUUUGCAUUUUCGAUUCGGCACCGGAAAGAUUGGAGGAGUUGGUGGCUCACAGCGGGCAGUUGGCCCCACACAAUGCCAAUGGGGAUUGAGAGAGGCUGGUGAGGAUUGAGAGGUGGGCAGACUUAACUAGAAACUGUAGAUUGUCCGCCGUCCCAAGGCCGGUUGAAUUUAUGGCCAGGUGCCAAUUGAGGUGGGGGCCCAUUGAAAAAUGCCCCCAUACUGGCCACACUAAUUAGUUUGCCCAAGAUCCCGAGGCGGUUGCAUAAUUUAGGUAGCGAAUUCCUGGGCCAGGCCUAAAACGCCCACACAUCACAGAGGGAACUGGAUCUUUCCUGGAAAUGAUAGCCGCUUAGGGCCAUGCUAAUACCUCCACCCUUCCUGGAAGCUGCCAUCCUGCCCUGGCACUCCACAACCCAGCUCCACAUCCCAGCUCCAGAGAUCGUAACCCGAGGUGGAUCUGCUGUGAUCCACAUUUGCAUAAUUGCAGACCAAAGUCGGCGCUGACUUUCCGUCUGAUUAAUAAUAUUAAUAAUUCGCCUAAAAGUGAUUUCAUUUUUCUGAAAUGGGCAAUAAGAAGAGGAGACGUUUAGACCAGAAGCUCUCCUUACACCAGAGACUCCUGGGCGGUGUCCAAAACAGUUUCGGAUCACCGCUGGCCAAUGAGGCGCGUUUGUCCUCGAAUAGGGUUAAUGGAAUGUCCGACUUGGAAGCCUUCAUCAAUGUGCUGAAAUGUGGCUUUGGUACUGGCUGCCUGGCUAUGCCACAUGCUUUUCUGUAUUCGGGUUGGUUGGUUGGUCUUAUAGGCACCUUUGCCCUGAGCUCCUUCAUGCUCUAUGCCAUGCAUAUACUGCUUCAUCACAUCAAUAACUUGGGCAUCCAACACAAAAUGCCCAUGAUCAGCUAUCGAAAGGCAGUGGAACUUGCUAUCAUGAAAGGACCUCGCAAGUUUCACUUCCUGAGCAAGCCCUUUGGUUAUUUAGUGGAUGUCCUGCUGUGUGCCUAUCACUUCGGUGUGGACUGCGUCUACGUGGUUUUCAUAGCCAAGAGUUUGAAGCAUCUGGGGGAUAUGUACUUGUGGUUCUGGGAUGAGAGGCUUUACAUGGCCUUGAUAGCUUCGCCGCUGAUUCUAACAUUCCUAAUUCGCGAUCUCAAAAGCCUUGUGCCGUUUGCUAUAAUAUCCAACAUCCUUCUUCUAACAGGCUAUGGCGUGAUUUUGAAAUACCUAUUCCGAGAUCUCCCUGAGUUCGAACCACUUCACGCCAUUCAGCCGCUGAGAAACUUUCCCAUCUUUUUUGGCACUGUACUUUUUUCCAUUGAAUCUCUUGGUGUGAUCCUUUCGCUCAGUCGAAGUAUGCGAAAACCGGAGAACUUGAUGGGCACCUGUGGCAUCCUGAAUCAAGGCAUGAUCGUGGUGAUCAGCUUCUAUGCGAUCUUUGGCUUCAUUGGCUAUUGGCGAUAUGGCCAAAAUACAGCCAACUCCAUACUGCAGAAUUUGCCCCAAGAAGAAUUCCUGUCACAAUUGGUGACUGGCAUGUUUGCCCUGGCCAUAUUUUUCAGUUAUGCCCUGCAAGGAUACGUAACUGUGAGCAUUAUCUGGCGCAAUUACUUGGAACCGGAACUGGAGGACACAUACUCAAGGGCUGUAGAGUUCCUGCUGAGAAUCGCGUUGGUCAUCGCCUCCGUGCUGGUGGCCAUCCAGUAUCCGGACUUUGGUCUGCUGCUCUCCUUUGUGGGCUCCUUUUGCCUGGCCCAACUGGGUCUGAUCCUGCCGGGCAUCGUGGACAUCUGUCUGCGCUAUGAGCAGGACUACGGCCCUGGAAGGAUCUUUCUCCUGCGAUCCUUGCUAUUCAUUUGCAUGGGCUUGGCUGGCGGAGUGGCCGGUACAGUGGUAUCCCUGCGAACGCUCUACGCUCGCUAUCCGGUUGUAAGGAAAAAGGUAUAGAUACAUUAUAUUUCCAGAUACUAGCUAUGCUUAUUACUUAGUGCAGUUAAAAGAAUGUAUAUAAAUAAAAUAAUAUUUUUGGAUAAUUUUAUUAAGAUUUA